UGCUCUCAACUUCUGUAUUCAAUAAUGAUGUUCAAUCAAAUUCGCAGAUUCAAUUUUUACGAUGCAAGACUAUGUCGCGUUGCUUCUCUCCCAUCACUCGCCCAUUUCCUGCUUCAAUUCAGCCAACUUUCAUCACCACCUGCAAAUGCCCUAGAAUCUAACUCAAUCGACUCCAAUCCAAAGCCAUUCUCUGCUUUUUAUCUGGAAAACAAAUUCAAUUUUCCCCCAAAACGAGCCCUACUUUACUCCAAGCUCCUCAAAUUUGAUUCCGCUGAAAACCCCCUUUCCGUUAUCGCGUUUCUCAAAAAUCACCAUUUCACCGAUUCCGAAAUCUCAAGCAUUGUUAAGAAAUGGCCUUUAGUUUUGAGGCGCACCCCCGAAUCCAAUGUUCUGCCCAAGAUUGAAUUUUUCCGUGAUUUGGGAUUAUCAAGCUCACAAUUAGUGAAGAUUUUGACAGUGCAGCCAAAUGUGCUGGACAGAAGCUUAGAGAGCCAGCUAAUCCCAUGUGUUGAUUUCCUUAGGAGCUUCCUAGGGUCGGAUGAAGAUGUCGUGUUCUCGAUCCUGCGCCACCCCGGUAUUCUUAGGGAGAAUUUGCAGAAGACAAUCUUGCCUAAUGUGGGAAUCUUAAGGGAUGCAGGUGUGCCCGAAUCCCACAUUGUAGCCUUGCUGAGAGCUGAUCCUAGACGCGUAGCUCUUGCUCCCGACACCUUUAGGUUAGCGGUGCAGAGGAUUCUCGAUCUCGGCUUUAGUCCCGACACAAAAGCUUUCAUCACAGGGUUGAAAGUUAUGAGGCAGUUGAGCAAUUUGUCGUGGAAGGAGAAGGUCAGGCAUUACACGAGAUGGGGCUGGUCCGAGGAUCAAGUGCUCGCUGUUAUCAGGAAGAAUCCAAGGAUCAUGCCCGCGAUAUUGGGGUUGAGUUUCGAGAGAAGGAUUGUGCCACGGUGUGCCUUUUACCAAGCUUUGCUGUCAAAAGGUUUCGUCAAGAGCUCAAGCUUUGGCUCGCUCCUUGUCUGUAGUCAUAGCUUGUUUGUUGAGAAAUAUGUGAAGCGUUUUGGGGAGAAAGAUCCUGAGGUCUUAGAGCUAUAUAAGGAAAUUUUUAGUAAAUGUAAAGCUUAGAUUUUUUAUGUACUUGCUAGAAACUAACAGAUACUGAUCACCUUUAGCUUCAUCUGUGUUUUUAUUGUUAUUAAUUAAUUAAUGCUACAACGACGAGUCUGUGGCCUGAGCUGGAACGCGUGUUUGUCC